AAUUAAUGAUGGCUUUUCAAGUCAAGGAACCUCAGGGAAACUCAACACUUCUGCAUGAGAUCUACCCAGAGCUUUACAUCACAGAGGGAGGGAGCGAAGAGGUCAAUGUACAUGAGGUGAGACAGAUUGACAUAUCAUCCAGAAGACCAGAGACACAAGAAACAUCAAUCAAGUGCAACGAAAUCUUUAAAUCCUUACCUGAACAAAACAAACCCAUCAGAAGUGUGCUGACUAAAGGAGUUGCUGGAAUUGGAAAAACAUCAUCUGUGCAGAAAUUCAUUCGGGAUUGGGCUGAAGGAAAGGCGAAUCAGGAUGUUCACUUCAUAUUUCCACUUCCUUUUAGAGAAUUGAACUUGAUCAAAGACAAGAAUCUUAGUCUGAUGGAUCUUCUUCACCAGUUCUGCACAGAUACCAAAGAGCUAAGAUCCACAGACCUCAGUGACUACAAAGUCCUCUUCAUGUUUGAUGGUCUGGAUGAGUGUCGGUUUGCUUUGGACUUCCCAAACAAUCAAAGUUUAUUUGAUGUUACAGAAUCAGCAUCUGUGGAUGUGCUGCUGACAAACCUCAUCAAGGGGAAUUUGCUUCCUUCUGCUCUGAUCUGGAUAACAUCACGGCCAGCAGCAGCCUAUCAGAUUCCUCCAGAGUGUAUUGACCAGGUCACUGAUGUACGGGGGUUCAAUGAUCCUCAAAAGGAUGAGUAUUUCAGAAAGAAAAUUAAUGAUCAGAGUCUGGCCAAUAAAAUCAUCACACACAUCAAAUCAUCCAGGAGUUUGUACAUCAUGUGUCACAUCCCAGUCUUCUGCUGGAUUUCAGCCACUGUUCUAGAGAGAAUGCUGAGUGAAUCAGAGAGCGCAGAGAUCCCAAAGACUCUCACUCAAAUGUUCACACACUUCCUGAUCUUUCAAAUGAAACAAAAAUCUCAGAAGUAUGAUGGGAAAUGUGAACUAGAUCUUAAGGAGCUCAGAAAUACCAUCCAGUCAUUGGGAAAGUUGGCUUUUGAACAACUGGAGAAAGGGAACCUGAUCUUCUAUGAGGAGGACUUGAUAGAGUGUGGCAUUGAUGUCAGAGAAGCAUCCGUGUAUUCUGGAGUUUGCACCCAGAUCUUUAAAGAAGAGUUUGGACUGCGCCUCGGGAAAGUGUUCAGCUUUGUACAUCUGAGCAUUCAGGAGUUUCUUGCAGCUCUAUAUGUGUUUCUGCUUUUUGUACACAAAGCCACAAAUCUCUUUAGUUUCUACAAGUCAACAAUUAAUGAUUUUCUAAAGAGAGCCGUUGACAAGGCCUUACAGAGUGAAAAUGGACACCUUGACCUCCUCCUCCGCUUUCUUAUGGGCCUUUCAUUGAAGUCCAAUCAGACAAUGAUUCGAGACCUCUGCACACUGACAGAGAGCAGCUCUCACAGCAGUCAGGAAAUAAAUGAGUACAUGAAGCAAAAGAUUAGAGAUAAUCCCAAUACAGAGAAAUCCAUCAAUCUGUUUCACUGUCUGAAUGAACUGCAUGAUCAAUCCCUAGUGCAGGAAGUACAAGAAUACCGUUGGAAAAUUUUUUUGAAACACAGUGGACUUAAAUUGUCUCCUUCUCAGUGGUCAGCUCUGACAUUUGAUUUGCUGAAUUCAGGAGACAAGCUUAUUGAAUUUAAACUCUGGAGAUAUAGCAGAUCUGAAAAAGGUCUUCUGAAUCUGCUGUGUGUGGUCAAAGCAUCUACAAAAGCCGAUCUCAGUGGCUGUAAUCUCGGAGUGAAAGGCUGUUCAGCUCUGACCUCGGUUCUCAGCUCAAACUCCUCAAAUCUUAGAGAUCUGAACCUGAGUGACAACAAUCUGUGGGAUUCAGGAGUGAAGCUGCUUUCUGCUGGACUGAAAAACCCUCAGUGUAAAAUUGAAAUAUUACAACUGCAACAAUGCUGGUUUGGACAGAAAGGCUGUUUUGCCCUUGUUUCUGCUCUGAGAUCAAACCCCUCACAUCUGAGAGAACUGAAUCUGAACUUUAAUAAACUAGGAGACUUAGCAGGGAAGCUGCUUUCUGAGUUUCUUGAGGAGCCACACUGUAAACUAGAGAAACUGCGACUGUCUUCCUGCAGUAUUAAGGAGGAAGGUUGUGUUGCCCUGGCUUCAGCUUUAAGAUUAAACCCAUCACACCUAAGGGAACUGGAUCUGGGUCAUAAUAAACUAGGGGACUCUGGGGGGAAGCUGCUCUCUGAUUUUCUAAAGGAUCCACAUUGUAAACUAGAGAAACUACUGUUGUCUUGUUGCAGUAUUAGAAGUGAAGGUUGUGUUGCUCUGGCUUUAGCUUUGAGAUCAAACCCAUCUCACCUGAGUGAACUGAAUCUGGGAGGUAAUAAACUAGGAGACUUAGAAGGGAAACUGCUCGCUGAUUUUCUGGAGGAACCACACUGUAAACUAAUAAAAUUGAGACUGUCUUUCUGCAGUAUUAAGGAGGAAGAUUGUGUUGCUUUGGCUUCAGCUUUAAGAUUAAACCCAUCACACCUGAGGGAACUGAAUCUGGGUGGUAAUACACUAGGAGACUCGGGAGUGGAGACGCUCUCAAAUUUUUUGAAGGACCCACAUUGUAAAGUAGCGACACUACAAUUGUCUUAUUGCAGUAUUAGAAAGGAAGGUUGUGCUGCUCUGGCUUCAGCUCUGAGAUCAAACCCAUCACACCUGAGAGAACUGAAUCUGGAUGGAAAUAAACUAGGAGAUUUAGGAGUGAAGCUGCUCUCUGAUGUACUUCAAGAUAAACAGUGUAAAAUCGAAACACUACAAAUGUCUUUCUGCAGUAUUGGAAACAAAGGUUGUGUUGCUCUUGCUUCAGCUCUGAGAUCAAACCCAUCACACAUAAGAGAACUGAAUCUGGUCGGUAAUACACCAGGAUACUCAGCAAUGAGCCAGCUAGAUAAACUAGUGAAUGAUCGAUAUUUUAAAUUGAUUUUACACGACGAAUCACAAACAAUGAAUUAGGUCGCCAUUUCCUGACCAGAUUUUUCCUGCGGCACCUCAAAAAUAUCCACCCAAUCACUUCUUCAUUUAUGCACACAAAAAAACCUAGACAAAUAAUGAACUCAUAAUGAACCUCAAAAUCAUAUUAAAAUCCUAAAACAUUUGAACUUGGAAGAAAGCAGAUUCAAUAUUACCCGUUUAAUACAAAUCACAUAUGGGAUUUCUUUAUCCUCAGUCAUUUCUCUUGACAUCUAUUGAGAAUAGAGAAAAUAGAUACUCCUAACCAAUAUUUGUCUCCAUUAGUUUUAGAAGACACUUCGGAAGUGUCACAAACUGAGCUUGAAUUGGCCAGAAUGAUGUUUCUGCAUGCAUAUUUUUUUUCAGUUUAAACACUGUUCAACUGUUAGUAUACAGCAUGUAACUUUUGUAGUCAUUUUAAUAAGGCAUUUUCCUGGAAUGAUCUAAAAGUUUUUUUGCAGAAAUACACAUUUAUUUGUGUUUUUUCCUUUCUAUUUAAUACAGAUGCAGCACAAGAAAGCUAAUGAAAUGAUGAAAAUGUUCAUUGAUAAAUGCCUUUUGAUUUAGUGCAUGAUAUGGAAGACUAUUUAGUGAUUUUUUUUAAGAAAACAUUUUUCUCCAUAUAGUGAACUUCAGCCCUUUAAAUCUGAACUUCAGCCCUUUGAUGCAAUUUGGACCCUAAAACAGUUAAGGGUCCAAUGAGGUUUACUAUGUGAAGAAAAAUCCUGGAAUUUUUCCCCCUCGAAAAACUUAAUUUCUUUUCAACUGAAGAAAAGACAUUUUGGAUGACAAAAUAUAUUUUUUAUUUAUUUAAGUGGAGUAAUCCUUUGUUUCUAUGUUUAUUGUAAUGGGAUAUAAUAAAACAUGCUCUAAAAUAUUGUCGACUGUGAGUGACACUUUCACCACGCAUAGUGUAAUCCCGCUUCCAAUGCAAUUUGCAAUUAAUUCACUCAAUAAUAGACGACCAGACAAAUAUAUUAUUGAUUGUAAUUGUUUAAAUUUAGCUGUAAAUGUAUUUUGGCUGUACACU